AUGUAAACAAACCCGUAACGUGUUGGGACGCGAGCAGACGGCCUGUGCGAGAGGCCGGUCAGAAAACCCCUUUCCCAAUGGGCGACAAACCGCAUUCACUAUCUGAUUUGUUUUCUGAGAUGAUCUGGAAUCAGCAGAGAGCACUGCUAUGGGACAAAAUGUGGCUAGAAUUGGCGUCCAGGGGAAAAUAUUGACUAAAUUUGCCGGGGUCCAGCGUGGUGUAACUUGUUUGAUGUUGCCGAAAGCCUUCCACAUGCACGGGGUCGCCCGGAGAGGAGGCGCCAGAGAUCCCCAGCUCUUGGGGGAGCUGGAGAGCUACUACGAGACAGUCUUCGAGAAAAUCGGCCUCACGGAAAUCUGUCUAGACAUGUUCGUGAAGGGCCCCAAGUCCAAGUUCACCGUCAGCGUCGAGGGGAACAUCGGCAGCGGGAAGUCCACGCUGCUACAGCAUUUCGCCAAGUUCAAUGACGUGGAGGUCCUUCAGGAGCCUGUCGAUAAGUGGAGAAAUGUGAGGGGAUAUAAUCUCCUGGACCUCAUGUACAAAGACCCAAGCCGCUGGGCCCACACCUUCCAGACGUACGUUCAGAUGACCAUGAUGGAGCUUCACCUCAAACCCACGUCAUCGCCAGUGAAGCUCAUUGAGAGGUCAUUGUUUAGUGCCAGAUACUGUUUUGUAGAAAAUCUGUUUCAAGGCGGUAAGAUGACUGAGCCAGAAUAUAACGUGUACUGCGAAUGGUACAACAUGAUUACGCAGAAUCUCAAUGUUGAUGUAGAUCUAAUUGUGUACUUGCGAACAGACCCAAAGAAAGUCAAUGAGCGCAUCAGAAAGCGAGCUCGUUCUGAGGAACAGACGAUCCCAAUGCAGUACUUAGAGGAUUUGCAUAAAUUGCACGAAGAUUGGCUGAUUGAAAAGAAGCACCCCCUCCCUGCGCCAGUACUGAUCUUGGAUGCCAAUGAAAACCUCAGUACCAUGUACAAGAAAUUUGAAGAACAUACUUCAGAGAUCUUAUGCAAAAAACUAGUCAAGAACAAGUUGAAAGACCUUGAAGAUAUUGGAGAAGCGUUAGUAUCUUAAGUCUCGUUUACAUUUUGGUGAUUAUACAUGUUUUAUGCCAAUAGAAAGCUAUAAUAAUAUAAAGAGAGUUAUCAAUAUGUAAACUGUCAGUAAAGAGGACCAUUAGCAGUCAUUUCAAGACUGCCACAUGUCAGGGAUGAUACCUUUCAUUCCAUUUCCACAAGCUUCUUGAGUUGCAGUAUUAACCUGUUGACACUAGAUACAUCCACUGUCCCUUGGUUUAUUAAUUUUGUUUAUGCAUCAAUGGGUACACAAGUAUUUAGACACCAAAGAGGGAAUUGCUAGCCUAUCUAGUCUCACAUUGUCCUUUGAGUUUUUUUUGGGGGAAAAAUAAUUUGGUUACCUCAAUUUUUAUGAGUGUCAUUAUUAUUAUUUUGAAUAUUGUUGCUUUUGUCAUUACUAUUAUUAUUGUGAUGAUGAUGCUAAUUCUUAUUCUGAUUGUGAUUAUUAUUACUGUCACUAUUACUAUUAAUGUUAUUAUUAUUAUCAUCAUCAGUAGCAUAGUCAUCAUUACAAUGAUUACAACAUUGUUAACAAAGAAAAUGAACAUCUUCAACCUAAAAUUCACAGUUUAAGGUAAAUCGAGGAGGUCAGUUAGGCUAAUAAUUGGCUCUUUUGUGUGGUUAGUGUAUGUAUACGUACACAUCUUGCAUCAGUGGUUAAUUAUUGCAGAGUACACAGAAUUUUUAGUCUCUGUGCCAAAGGGACUAAUAUAUUUCCAGUGUAGAGUUUAUGUAAGGUAGAUAGCCAUGCUCUGUUAGUUUCAGUGUACAAAAAGGUGAUGUUUAACCUUUAUGGUGUGUUACUGUAAUACAUAUAUAUACAUAUUUAUUUUUUGCAACACUUGCCUUUAUACAAAGACUUUUCAACACAUACAAUUUUUUAUGUUGAUGUAAGUUGAGCCUAAACUUUAAAGACUCGACUUGUUACAAACAUGGUUUUUUUAGUUGAACAUAUAACAUGAACAGUCUUAGGGUUACACUUGUGGUGCUUCCAGGUCACUGUUAAGACAGGAGAGUCAUAAAGGAAAUAUAUUAUAUUUAGAAAUUAUGGUUUAUAUUUGUUUUCUGAUUUACACUUUUUGCCUAAAAGGAAAAAAAGAAAUUCUAUAUCAUUUUAUUUAUGAAAUAUAUGAUUUACUACAAAGGCUGGACUUAAAUGCAUAGCAGUUUAACUUUGCAUGUGUGCAUUCCUAAAUUAAUGAUCUUUUGUACUUUCAUAAAAAUGGUGUUAAAAUACAGAUGUGUCUUAGAUUAUUAUAUAUAAUGUAAUGGAAAUAUUUAGUAGGAUAAACAUGAGAAGGAUAUAUGAAGUAGAUAUGUAGAGAAAUAUGAAUAAACUUUUUACAUGAAAAAUAAAAGUGGUUUGAA